GCGAGCAAACGCAGCGAGGUCGCGCUCGUUAGUCUCUUCCCAUUGCGCUUCACAUGGUGGGCAGGCUGCUAUUUUAGUAAAUAGAUGCGUCUAACAUGGUUUAUAGCAAGAUAGACUGGACUAGACCUAAUGCAGUGCCAUUCAAUUAUUAACAUAUAGUUGUUAAUGUAGCUAGUUGUCAUUCAGGCUCGCUUUGCCUUGGUGAAAUAGAUGUUUGAAGUACCCACACUGAGAGGGAAUUUUAAUCAAGUAAAUAAAAUGUAUUAAGCACUGCAGUGGAGAUCGGGUGCGAAAACUGCAGAUUGAUAGCAAUACUGAGGUAAAUGAUUGACCAGAAAAUGAUUUAAUUGAUUUAAAUGCAGUGAGAUACAUGCACAGUAACGUUGGAGAUACCGGUCUCCGCUGCGCAUGCGAGUCACAAACUCAAACACGAGCCGAAAAGUUGCAUCCUGUAUGUGUGCUGGAGGGAAACGGAUUUUGCGUGACUGCAACAGUGAGCGUCGUUUCAUAACCGCCCAGAGAAGUCUGUGACUGCAGGCAGAAUACAGUAUCUCCAAGCCACUGACCGACGGGUGACCCAGGGUUAUUAAAACAAGCCCAACAACUCUCCGGCCAGCAGUUUGGGAGCUAACGAGAAUACCGCAGAAGCUAAAGAGCUAACCUGAAAUGGCGACGGCAAUAUACUUGGAACAUUACCUUGACAGUAUUGAAAACCUACCAUGUGAGCUGCAGAGAAACUUCACUUUGAUGCGAGACCUGGACAAUAGGACUGAAGAAAAGAAAGGAGAGAUUGACAAACUGGCUGAAGAGUACAUUGCGAAGGUGAAGAACCUGGCUUCAGAACAGAGAGUGGAACACCUGCAGAAGAUCCAAAAUGCCUACAGCAAGUGUAAAGAGUUCAGCGAUGACAAAGUCCAGCUUGCAAUGCAGACAUACGAAAUGGUGGACAAACAUAUCCGCAGACUGGAUGCCGAUCUGGCGCGGUUUGAAAAUGAGCUAAAGGAGAAACUGGAAGUGAGCGGCUACGAAAGUACGGAGGGAAGAGCACUGAAAAAGGGUGAAUCCCGGGGGCUGAAAGAGAAGCGUGCAUCCAGAGGAAGAGCAAAGAAAUGUUCUGAUGAAGAUUCUCCCAAAAAGAAAAAGAUAAAAAACAGCCCAGAGUUGAGUGACUCUUUCCUGCCUAUGCAACCGUCGGACGUUUUGGACAUGCCAGUCGAUCCCAACGAGCCUACGUACUGCCUGUGCCAUCAGGUGUCAUAUGGAGAGAUGAUUGGAUGCGAUAAUCCUGAUUGUCCGAUUGAGUGGUUUCACUUUGCUUGUGUUGAUCUCGCCUCAAAACCCAAAGGAAAAUGGUUUUGUCCGAGAUGCACCCAAGACAAGAAGAAGAAAUGAGACAUUUGAGAAAUGCUUUACUGAUCAUGUAUGCAUUUCUGGUGUAGUUUAACGGUUCACCCCAAAACCAAAAAUACAUCUUUUUCCUCUUACCUGUAGUGCUAUUUAUCUAGAUCGUUUUUGUUUGAGUUGCUCAGCGGCCAUGGAGAUUUCUGCUUUCUCUUGAAUAUAAUGGAACCAGACCAGCCCUCUGCUUGUGGUGCUCAAAACACCCCAAAAAAUACAUUUGAAAAACUCAACAGCAAAGUCUCUUUGCAGAAAUCAUGACCCUGUUACUCAAGAUAAUCCUCAGAGCAGUUUCAUGUAGGAACUAUUUUCUUUCUAACGAGCUACACCUGCCAACCGUAUCGCGGGGCAGAAGGAAGUGUGCACGAGACCACAAUCCGAGUGCCAUCUAGUUUCGUUAUAUUCAAGAGAAGGCACACAUCUCUACAGCCGAUAUCUCCAAAACUGCAACUCACAACAAAACGAUCUAAAUUGAGUACAGGUAAGAGAAAAAAGAUGUACUUUUUAUUUUGGGGUGACCUGUCCAUUUAAUAGUUUAUUAUAUAUAUUUCAGAUAUCAUAACUCUCCAUAGACUUGGUGGGUCAUACAGCUUUUAAAGGCCUAAUCCAGAUUUGGAGUAUAGCUACACUUAUCCACCAACUCACCUGUAUAUUAUCUGUGCACUCGGUAAAUGAAUCUGGGCAAUGGAGUUAAAGGUUGCACAAGUUAUUACCAAUCAGACAGUCCUUCCUCUCAAGUCAUAUAGUGUAUAUAUCAUCAUUACUAACAUACUCAGAAAUCUUGGAUUGUGGCUUGAAAUAUAUCAAUUUUAUAAAGAUUCUUUUUUUUUUUUUACAAAUUAAACAGCCUGCUGAAAUUUUCGAUUUUAAACAUCUUUAAUGCUUACCAAAUGUUGGUGGUAAAAGGAAUUAUGUGUCAUAGUUUGAGUUGCCUACCUCCUAAGGGAACACAUCAGCACUGCAUAAAUGACUGCAAUUGAUACUAGUGUAAAAAAAAUGAUGUUUUUGAUUAUCUUAAACCAAACAAGAAAAGCAAUGUAAGUUCAUUCUUUGAUUUUCAAAGAACCUGCGACAUUUUUGAAUGUAUUGUGGUACUAAUGACCAGUCAGUGUCUCAUGUCAGCUGAAGAGGUAUUUAAGCACUUUGAAUGAAAUUUUUCCCUGAAGAGGUUUGACAGGCUUGGUUUUAUGAUAUAUAGCUUAUCUCAUUUAAAACUUUGCCAUAGUGCAUCACUUCAAACCAUAUGGAAAUAUAUACAUAUAUAUGUUUUGUAUGAUAUGAAAAAAUAUUUUGUGGACAGUUUUUUUCCAAAGACAUGUUAUAUUGCUCACUUAUUGGUGUACACUCAAAUUUUAUUUAAUAAUAGGUUUUUAGCUUCUUGCAUAUUCACUGUGAAUAUCACUCACUUAGGUGUAAGCCACAAAUAAACGAGCCAAAGUAUUUGUAUUUUGUAAAAUUCAGUAUUUUAUAACAAAUAAAUAUUCACUAUUA